ACACAGCACAGAGGCACAUGGCGCUUUCGAACCUUGCCCUUCUUUUCGACGUUGCCAUCAUUCUUGUUUGGUAAAAUGAAAUGGGAAGUUUUCUAAUCGAUGGAAAGGUCGCCACACAAGCGAUUUCCGGGCUGGCAAGAGACUAGGACCGCCAUUAUCGUCUCUUUCGUUCGAAUGAAUCGUCCAAGUCACAGCAAGAGUUCUCUGCUAAGGCUCUCCAACAUCAUGCGCUGCUUCUUUUCCACGUGCACAAUUUCAUGCGCAUAGGAAUUUCGUCUUUUCGCGAAAGAAAGGUGAUUGAGGUCCGAGACAAAUGAUAUUUUGAAAAUUCAAGAUUCGCAUGAUUGAGCCCGCUUUGUAAAUGCUCCGAGAGGAAACUUGUCAAGAAGACCAGAUUAAAGAAUAGUGUUGGGGUUGGAAAAACAUUGACGAUGAUGCUGAUAUCCGCAUAUGCUACUCGCCACUUGAGCUGUUCAACUCGAGAUAUCAUUACCUUAAUAAAGAUGUCUUAAGGAGCAAGGGGACAAAAUAAUAAUUGCAGAGGCAAAGGAUAGGUUUCCAGGUCAUAGUUGUUUGGAUUUAGCAUAUAAUACCUGGGAUUACCUUCUCCUUUUGAACCGGUCUUCUUUAGUUCUUAUUCCCGAGACCUCGGUGGUUCUUUUUAGCCCGGAAAGAUCUCAUUUUUGUCCCCCCUCAUGCAAGAACCAGACAGGAGCCUCCAUGACCCUUUGAUCCCCAAAUCGGAGUCGUGUCGCCGUGAUCUGAAAGAUGAGGGAAAGCAAGAGACGUUGUUCAAGAAACAGCCCCUCAAGGUCAGGUUCCAAGAAGAUGAGCCGGGGAGGGAGUCUGGUGCUCAUGGAGGUGGCCGGUUCAACAGAUACGCUCUUGCCGGGGCCAUCUUGGCCUCCACCAACUCCGUCCUAUUGGGAUAUGAUAUUGGGGUGAUGAGUGGCGCAGCGUUGUUCAUCAAAGAAGACCUCAAGAUCACAUCAACACAAGUUGAGAUCUUGGUGGGCUCUCUCAACGUGGUGUCGCUGUUCGGGUCUCUGGCCUCAGGCCGGACCUCUGAUUGGAUUGGCCGCCGGUGGACCAUCAUCCUCGCGGCCUGCACCUUCUUGAUCGGCGCGCUCCUGAUGGGCCUCGCCCCGUCGUUCUUGUUCCUCAUGGCUGGGAGGGUGGUCGCUGGGGUCGGCGUCGGGUUCUCCCUGAUGAUCGCGCCGGUCUACGUGGCUGAGCUCUCGCCGGCGAUGACCCGAGGCUUCCUGUCAUCGCUCCCCGAGGUCUUCAUUAACAUUGGCAUCCUUCUGGGUUACAUAUCCAACUACGCCUUAUCAGGCCUCUCGCCUGAUGUAAAUUGGAGGUUCAUGCUGGGCCUGGCUGCGCUGCCGGCUGUCGCAAUAGGGUUGGGCGUGAUGGCGAUGCCGGAGUCGCCCAGGUGGCUGGUCCUGGAAGGGAGGCUGGAAGAGGCAAGGCAAGUCCUGGUCAGGACAUCGGAGACUGAGGAAGAGGCAGAACUGAGGCUCGGCGAGAUGGUCAAUGCCGCUUCCCUCAACCCUGGCCCGGCCCAUUGGAACGGGCAGGGCGUGUGGAGGGAGCUCCUGUGGAGCCCGUCCCGGCCCAUCCGGAGGAUACUCGUCGCCACGAUCGGGGUUAACUUCUUCAUGCAAGCUUCCGGGAACGACGCCGUCGUGUAUUAUAGCCCGGAGGUGUUCCGAGACGCCGGAAUCACCGACCCGCGGCAGCUCACGGGGGUCACGGUGAUCAUGGGCUUCGCGAAGACGUUCUUCGUGUUCGUGUCGGCCCUUUUCUUGGACCGGUUCGGACGGAGGCCCCUCCUGCUGUUGGGCUCCGCAGGGAUGGCGGUGUCCUUGGCCGGGCUGGGCAUGGGUUCCACUCUCCUGGAGAGCUCGGGAAGCAAGCCCCAGUGGGCCAUCGCGCUGUGCGUGGUGGCCCUCUGCGCCGACGUCUCGUUCUUCUCGAUCGGGCUCGGGCCCAUCACGUGGGUCUACUCGUCCGAGGUGUUCCCGACGAGGUUGCGGGCCCAGGGCACGAGCCUGGCCAUCGCGGUGAACCGGCUGGUGAGCGGGGCGGUGGCGAUGUCGUUCCUGAGCAUCGCCAGGGAGAUAACCUUCGGGGGGAUGUUCCUGGUGCUCGCCGGGGUGAUGGCGUUGGCAACUGUGUUCUUCUACUUCUUUUUGCCCGAGACGAAAGGCAAGAGCUUAGAAGAGAUUGGGGCUUUAUUUGAGGAUACUAAAGAUUGAUGGAUAGACAGAAAGAGAGAGCUAAUGAAAGAGCGUAGAAAGGCAAGAGCUUAGAACCAAUUGUAUCGUUUUGUGCAAGUUGAGUGAUUGAAUUGUAUUCUAUGCGAAAGAUCGAGAGUGCAGGAACCCAGUUUUCAAUUUAUUUCCAUAUGGUUAUCAAUCAUGUUGUGGUAAUGAAAACCAAGCUCAAAGCUUUUGCAUUUUGUUGUUAUUGUCAA